UCUCUCUCUCUCUCUCUCUCUCUCUCUCUCUCUCCCUCCUUGUUGAGCUCCACUUUCCAACAGUGGCCGUUCCUCUUACCCACCAGCUUCCGAUUAGCUGUGGAGGUUGUGGAAAGGUAGUGGAAAGGUAGUGGAAGUGGAGGAGCCUGGGAGAUUUUGAUAAAAAGGAGUUCUAGCAUUCGAUCUCUGGAAUUCCACGCGUUGCCAACCAAACAUCUUCGCCUGUUUCACUUUCUCUCUGAUUUUGUGCGACUGCAGAAUGACAAGCGGAUGGUUAUUGUGAUCAUUUACUUCCCUGUCUUGGUGAUUUGGAUCUUUUGAUUCGUCGUUAGAGGGUGCUUUUGAUUGACGAUGGCUUCGGAGGGAAUAUUCUCGAUAUCAGUUGCAUCGGUUUUGGAGGAUGUGCUUAAAGAGCACGGGAAGAGGUUCAGCGACCUGGAUUUGGUUUCGAGGAAGGCUGAGGAGGCUGCUGCGAGACGAUAUGAGGUAGCCAGAUGGCUUAGAAAAACGGUGGGUGUGGUUGGUGCCAAGGAUUUGCCAGAGGAGCCUUCAGAAGAGGAAUUCAGGCUUGGGCUGAGAAGCGGUUUGAUCCUUUGUAAUGCCCUGAACAAGGUUCAACCUGCAGCUGUCCCGAAGAUUGUUGCAAGUUCAGGAGAUUCAGUGAUUGUUCCAGAUGGAGCUGCGUUGUCAGCUUACCAAUACUUUGAAAAUGUGAGGAACUUCCUCGUUGCUGUCCAGGAAAUAGGUCUACCCACUUUUGAAGUGUCAGAUUUAGAGCAGGGAGGGAAAAACUCAAGAAUUGUGAACUGCGUUCUGGCUCUUAAAUCCUACGGUGAAUGGAGACAAAUGGGCGGUGGUGGAUCCUGGAGACUUGGUGGGAAUGCUAAGCCGGCUACAUCUGGAAAAGCUUUCAUGAGGAAGAACUUCGAUCCUUUCUCAAGUUCUAUGGCCAGGUCUCAGUCAUUGGAUGACCCAGAAAGCUUUUACACUGAACAAAACUCAAGUCAAGAAUCCCGUGAAAUGCCGUCGUCUUCUUUAAAUGUGCUUGUCCAUGAAAUUCUUUCAGACAAGAAGCCUGAAGAAGUUCCAGCUCUUGUGGAAUCUAUGUUAAACAAAUUUAUGAAAGAGUUUGGGCGGCGCAUUGCAAGCCAAAAUGAGUUGGUAAAAACAGCUAUGAAGGGUUUGCAAGAUGACGGUAAAUCUUUCUCUAAAUUGAAGAUUUCUGUGGAUCCAUCUCCUAUUUCCGAAUUUAAAAAGGAGAAAGAGGUAAUUAAAUGCACAACAAUGAAGGAGAACUUCCAUAGAAACAUGAAACAUGAAGAGGCAACAAAAGAACAGCUUUUGAAGCAGUACUCGAUUAUUGAGCGACAACAAAGAGGUAUUCAGUUCCUUAGACACGAUCUUCAAACAGCUAGAGCUGGUAUGGAGUUCAUGCAAAAGAAAUACCUGGAGGAGCUCAAAAUUAUUGGGAAACAUAUGCACUGCCUUGCUAAUGCUGCAUCUGGCUAUCACAAAGUUAUUGCGGAAAAUAGGAGGCUUUACAAUCAGGUGCAAGAUCUUAAAGGAAGUAUUCGGGUGUAUUGUCGAGUCAGGCCAUUUUUACCUGGGCAAAUGAGUAGCAGCAAUGUUGGCUGCAUUGAUGAUGAAAGCAUUACGAUCAUCACCCCUGCUAAAUAUGGAAAAGAAGGGCGGAGAACUUUUACUUUUAAUAAAGUGUUUGGUCCUGCUGCUUCACAAGAGGAAGUCUUCUCAGAUACUCAACCUUUGAUACGAUCUGUUCUAGAUGGUUACAAUGUUUGCAUAUUUGCUUAUGGUCAGACUGGAUCUGGAAAAACUUUCACAAUGAGUGGAGCCAAAGUAGUAAACGCACAGAAUAUGGGUGUAAAUUAUAGAGCGUUGAGCGAUCUGUUUAACCUUGCAGAAGAGAGAAGAGGCGCAUUCACAUAUAAUAUUGGUGUGCAGAUGAUUGAAAUUUAUAAUGAACAAGUGAGAGAUCUCCUCGUUUGUGAUGGUCUCAAUCGAAGAUUAGAAAUCAGAAAUGGAACACAAAAUGGUGUAAAUGUUCCUGAUGCUAACUUGGUCCCAGUCACUUCAACUUCUAGUGUAAUUGAACUCAUGAACAUUGGGUUGAGGAAUCGUGCUGUUGGUGCGACAGCUUUGAAUGAUCGCAGUAGCCGUUCUCAUAGUUGCCUUACUGUACAUGUUCAAGGAAGGGACUUGACGUCAGGAACUAUUCUCCAUGGAUGCAUGCAUCUAGUAGAUCUUGCAGGUAGUGAAAGGGUUGAAAAGACUGAGGUAACUGGAGAGAGGCUAAAAGAAGCUCAACAUAUAAACAAAUCUCUUUCGGCCUUGGGUGAUGUGAUAUAUGCCCUUGCACAGAACCAUUCUCAUGUACCUUAUAGAAAUAGCAAACUUACACAGUUGCUUCAAGACUCACUUGGAGGGCAAGCUAAAACUUUAAUGUUUGUUCAUAUAAGCCCUGAAAUGGAUGCCAUAGGAGAAACCAUUAGCACACUUAAAUUUGCUGAAAGGGUUUCUAAAGUUGAGCUUGGUGCUGCUCGAAUAAAUAAAGAGAUUGGAGAAUCCAAGGAACUUAAGGAGCAGGUAGGUAGUCUUAGAGCAGCAUUGGCAAAGACGGGGGGAGAAUCAGAGCAGUUUCAAGCUAUUAUCCAAACUGAUCCAUCAACAUUGAAGACUAGAGCAUCAUCUCCUGCCUAUUUGAAUAAACAUGGAGUAGAUUUUCUAAGUUUUGAAAACAGAAACCAUAGACAACCUAUGGAGGAGGUUGGCAACAUAGAGGCACGAAGCAACCCCGGAAGUAAAAAAAAGCCGAGCUUUGACCUCCAAGAUUUGUUGAUGGGAGAAGACAGUCUUCCCUGGUCCAACUCCAGUCCAUUAAAAGCUUGUCGCAACGGAGAAGAUGAUAAAGACGCAAGCUCUGGAGAUUGGGUGGAUAAGGUUAUGGUGAACAAGAAUGAAAAUUCUCUCAGCCAUGGUGACGGCGGAAAUUUCGCAACCCCGCCUGAUUUCUUCUAUCAGAGGUAUGUUUCUGAUAGUUCAUCCUAUCAAGAUCAGCCCUACAGCAGAAGCGGACAUCAAAGGAAAGAUAGUACAGAGUUUGAGAUUCAGAGACAUAGGUUUGAUUCUGUAACCACGGAUGAUUCUGAUGAUCUGGACGUUGCUACAAGUGAUUCCUCAGAAGCUGAUGCAUUGUGGCAAUUCAACCUUCCAAAAUCUGCAUGUAAUAGCAACAGUGGCGGUUCCAAGGUCAAAAAACCACCAACGAAACCAAGUCCGGAUUUCAGGACUCCAACUUAUGCAUAUAUUCCAUCGUCAUCAUCAUCAAAGAAGAUUUCUAGUGGACCAAGUAGAAUAUCAAGGCAACUAAGCUGUGCUGGGCGGGAGGCGAAAAGAACUGCUUCUGGUGGAAAAUUGAGCAGUGGAAAGUAAGGAGCUAUACUGGUUUCCAUUUUUUUUUCUCAUUUUAGGAUCGAUUUUAUUAUUAUUAUUAUUAUUAUAUGAGUGUAAGAGAGGUUUGAGUGCCUUACUCAGUGGAUUGGGGGCAAAACAUGGGUUUGUUUGCUCAUGGUUUUGUUGAUUGGCUUGUUUGAGGGAUGGAUAAUGUCUUGAUAUAUAUAUUUUUUAAAGUUAUUGUUUCUUGAUGUUUAUACUAUCAUGUCAUUACUGUCAAUUGAAAGAAAACUUGAUUCAGGGAAUGAAUAUUUUAA